CUCGGCUUUCAGUCACGGUCGAACUUAUGCUUGGCACGCUCGGACCGUAUUUGUCCGUGUGGUUUCGCUGUUGAGCCCGGUGCGUGUUGAACCGACCGGCUUUUUUUUAUUGAAACAACCAUUUUUUAACGGUGGACGAGGAGUCAAGGUGACGACGCCAUUGUUAUACGCGAAGCGAAUCGUCGCACACGUACCGAGCGAUACUUCAUUUACUUCGGUCUCCUUCUGCCACCGCUUUUUAUACUUGGCUUGUCAGUGACAAGAGAGCUUCGUGAUCGCGAAUGAACGAGCGAUUCUCUCAGUCUCUCUCGCUCACGCUCACUCGGCUGUCCCACCGCGAGCUCUCUACGGCAUCGAAUGUUCCUUCAUUUCUUCGUGAAUUUAUAUACAAAGUGUCUCAUGCUGUAAUGUGCUUUCCUCAAGCUCUCCUAACGUAAUAACAACACACACACACACACACGAAUUAACGAAGCUAUGCCAAGAAAAAAAAAGUGUUUCAAGUAAAACUACGUGAUCGCGCGAUCUACCACACCGUUUUUACCGUUCCUCCCCUCCCUCGGACCCGGUCCUCGCUCUUUUGGCUCUUAUCGUGGUUGCUCUUCCCCUCCCCCUUUCCCAUUCGCCGAAGCGUUCGCGACUCGGGCAGAACCGGCUUAUUCACCGGCUUCUUUUAUACUUUUGCCAACUCCUUUUUCUCUUCUUAUUUUUCUUUCGUUUCUUUCGUAUUUUCUUACGACUCGCAGGUGCAUAACCCAAGCAUCUCGUGCUCUUUUUCACUCCCGUCGAGAAAUCGUCAUUUUCGUACGGAAUCACUUGAAACUCCCUCACCGACUUUGCCCUGCAACAUCGAUCAGUGUGUACCGGCCAGUGUUUCCGGAGUUCUUUCCUUUUGAUUCUUUUCUUCCUCGAUAUAUUCGCAUAUUAUAGAGACCAGUGAAGUGCACGAUUUCCCCCCUCACCCCGCCCCCUCCCCCCGCCGUUUUUUCUAACCAGUGGUGCAUUAUGUGAUUUUGUGUCUUCGUUCUGGAACUCCAGGAUCCAAUUUUUCUACGCUCUUGUUUUGGCUUAUUUUUUCAUCUUUUUUCGUCGCCCACACGGCUCACGUUUUUGGAUCACGUUGAAAGGAUGCAGGGACUGGCGUGCCGGAAAGGGAGGCCCGCCUCGACGACCCUGUUACUCCCGACGCUGCUGCUACCCGCUUUCGUCGUCGGUCUCGCAACCCUCGCUAACGGGGAAUGCGAGUUUCCUGCGAGCUGGGCGGGAGAAUGGUUUCAGUCGGCGAAACCAGUCAUCGCAGUAAAUGCGACCUCGAUGGGCGAGAGAACCUGCAUCCAGAGGGAGGGCGAUAGAUACAUCGUUCUCGAACCGAGUUCGAACAACGAGGAUUGCUACAGGUGCAUGAUCGCGAACGAUCGACACGAGAACGUCAUUCAGUUUCGAGACAUCGGAUGGUGCAACAGCGAAUUAACGAACAUAGCGACGAUGUGCGAGGUCAUCAGAUCCGACGAUAAUUUCUUCACGAUGGUCCGACUCGACUCGAAACCCAUUGCGUGCCCGUUCACCGGACCACCCUACAUUUUCUCGUACAAUCGCGGCGACAAGGACUGCAGCGAUCCACCGAGCUUGGCCGAAAGCUGCACCGACGAGAGCAAGCUUCUGCUCAAGUAUCAAGCGUGCACGGACAUCGACGCGAGCGAGAGUUUCAUGGAGGAAUUGCAGUGUCUGGCUACGUGGAGGGACGGCAGACUCCAAUAUCUCAUGGGCACCCUUAAACCCUUUGACAGAAGUGCACCCGGCAACGAGGAAACUUUCAGGUGCUUUUUAUACGAGAAAUAUCCGCAUCACCAAGGUGGAAAAGUCGUGUACGCGAUCGCAGAGUCCGGGGAAUCGACGUGCAACGGUCUGAAUUCAUUGUCCGAAGGUUCAAAAAUAAUAAAACUGAUGAAAGUUGACAAAGAGCACAGCAAAUGUAAAUACCCCUCGUGGGUGACGAAGCAUCAUCACUGGCGUUCGCUAAACGGCUCGAGAACGUACCAUUUCACGAGCGGAAAUGCCACCUUGAAGGUAACUUCUCCGAUGGAUAAUUUUCACGAAGAAAAAUUGGUCUGCCAUAAUUUGGAGCCGGCCGAUCCGAACGACAGUAAUCAGAGGAACCGAGUCAAACUCGUCGCUCACAUCACCAGCGGCUGUGAUAUUGGAUACGUCUGCAUGAUUUUUCACAAAAGGUCACCGAACGUGAUCGAGAUUCAACAGUCGAGUGAAAAAGCAAUAAUGCCGGACGCCUGCUCGCAAUGGGAUCCAUCGAAAAUGCCAUACAUGAUGCUAAUAACUUCGAAUCUGGUGCAAAAGAAAUGUCCCCAAUCCGGAAGAUACAAAAUCCUCGACUUCAUGGCACCGAGCGCCCUGUCCAUUGCUCCUGGACGACAGAGACGGUCCGGCGCGAAAUCAUUCAGAACCGCUGAAAAAAUGACUUGGCAGGAGGACAACGAGGACGAAGAGUGCAAAUUCACGCACAUUGAAACUGGGUGCAGCUCACCGGGUCAGAGCGAAAUGACCAUUUCGAAUACGUGCGAGAGAGAACAAAUCGCUUAUUCUUGCUUUGAUAAUUGGGAGGAGGACGGCACGUGGUACACGAUAGUGUCUCAAAAGAGUGGUCAGCCGAGUCUGGAGAACGAUGAAACGUUACCAAAUGUCGUUACGUUUACGUGUUUCUCGAUGAGAUGGGUCGACACCACAGCCAAAUUGCCAGUUCGUGGCUCCAACAGACACGAGCAACAAGAACAAGAAUUAUGGCUGUCCAGGCCAGCCCGUACUUGCCAAAGAGAGUCGACCGAUCAAUGGACGUACAGGCUCUCGAGCCAAGGAGUCUGCGAAGACGUAACAAGAGCAGCUGCGAGUGCGGCGUCCUCAUCAUCGUUAUCGAGAAUAUCGUUGGUCCUUGCGGCUGGUGCUGCAAUAGUUUGCAAAUUAUUAUCAAGAUGAUGAGCUUGAGCUCGUCGAGUCACGGAGGAAUAAUCGCCUCUCGAGUAUCGCGUACCCUCGAGUACGUUCUCGUGGAGAAAAUCAAGAUUUGAGGCAGCUACACGAAUACACAUAUAUUUGAAUCUAAAUAUAUUUAUGAAUAUAAACAUGGGAAAUUGUCCCAACUGCGAGACGUCGGAGGAAUUGUUGCACAUUUGCACAAUUCGAUCGAUCGGUUUAUCAGCUAGAAUAUUUCGCGAGACGAGGAAACUCUAUACCGUACUAAAAUAUAACAACGUCGUCUUGAUCCGUGUGCUCGUUCGAAGCAAUUAUCACGAUUGUGUUGUCGCUCGUGGAUUGCUUCUCGCGCUCUCGUAUCACGUAUCAAGUCCAUUAGUCGAAGAGCUCUAAUCCGAGGAUACCGUGACUCGACGGUGGCAUACACCUCGCCAAUUUGGUAUAUUUGAUACGUGUACGAGAGGGGAGCAAAAAAGGAUGAAGAACACAACAGAAACGAAGUCGUAAAUGUCAGAAUAUGUAAACAGAGGGACGGCUGGAAUGACGCUACGACGACAAACUUUUGUGUGUGUGUGUGUGUGUCUGUUAUUUUUAAUAUCGCAAAUAUCGUCGAUCCGAGAAAUUCGUUCUUACCAGCGAACAAAACGAAAAAGAGAAAAGAAGAAAAGAAUAUUGUAAAUAUUAUCAGGGUAUAAGAGUUAAAGAGAGGAAAAAAACGAGAACAAAACAGUUGAAUGAAAAACGUUCACCGAAAACGAGCCUGAACUCGUUUCUCAUCACCCAGUGCAAAUUAUCGAGGCCACUCAACGGAGGAUAUUAUUACUACGACACAAUUUAUUAGGAAAACGAAAAUAAUAAUUAUUAUUGUCUUUAUUAUUCAUAUACGUGACAGGGAUAUCGAGAUGAGCAAGUGAAAUGGAAAGAGAAAAAGGAAAGAGGAACAAGAUUUUUAUUCUUAGCUAGUUGCACAUCUGUAUAUAAUAAUUUAAAUACUUGUAUAAAGACUGUUUUUUAUUAAGAGAGAUAGAAAAGGAGAUAUUGAGAUUAAAACAAAAAAAUAAUUAACAAGAUAACGCUGCCUCGUGAAUGAACGUCGAUGGAAACAUGACUCUUGAUAUUUUCAUUUAAAAAAUUUUUUUUUUAUCUGCUGUAUAAAUUUGGAUAGUGCGUUUGUGAGCUUCGCAAUGCGAUCGACGAGCAUCGUAUCUUUCAUCGCCCCAUCGUUAACGAGAUAUUUUUGUUAGAAUGAUAUCUCACGUAUAUUCUCAUACGAGGAAACACAAAAAAACGAAAUAAUAAUAAUCGACGUACUUCUAUCUCUGUACCUAUAAAAAUAUAACGAUGUUCGCAGGGGCUGAAAAUAACGAAUGAAUCAAUUUAAAAAUCCAUCUCCGUCGUGACCGCAGUCUUUCACUAUACCGAAGAACAAAGAAAAAAAGGAGCGAAAAAAAAUAUCGUUUUUAAAAAUAAUAUUCGAUCGGGUUCAUUCGUACAUGGGAUUCAUCGCGCAAUGGGAUGUCAACGAGCUGGAAUUUUUUCAGUCUAUCCGGAACAAAUUACUGUAGCAUCGACUUUUUUCCAACAAUUCGAUGAAGUAACAAACUAGAAGCGAAUUAUUCACAAUGAGAGAAAAAAGGAGGGGAGAGAGAAAGCAGGAUAAAAAACGAAGUCAUGAAAAAAAGCUUCAUCUGUAAAUAAUUGAUGUUUUUCAUCGACAAAAAAUGUCUCCAUUAUUUUGAUCAAUUAAAGCAGAUAAAAUAAUUGAAUUUGAACAUUUUUCGUCGCUUCGAAAGCCCUGCGCGCCCAUCGCAUGACUUCCUCGAUCUCUCCCCCUCGGUUUUUCUAGCACGAAUGAAAAAUUUAAAAAAAUAACAAGCAAUUGAAAACGAGUGCUUAGGAAAAACAAAUGGGGGACAGGAGAUAGGCACGGAAAAUAAAAACGAACUGUAAAUAUAAAUAAUGUAUACAUGUACAUCGAAUACCGGAAGGCGAAUUAAAUAUACCUGAGAAUAAUUUUUAAUACGACAAAAAGAAAAAAAAAUAAAUGAAAAAAGGUGGAGAAAAGAGAAACUGACAAAAAUGAAAAGCGUAGAAAUUUUUAGGAUAUAUUGAUGCCCGAUAAUGUUUUUGACGAGCCUGAAAAAAAAAACCAACAAAAAACCAUUCGUGAAAACGCUAAAUGGAGAGAGAGAGAGAGAGAGAGAGAGAGAGAGAGAGAGAAGAGUUCAUGUAAAAAUGAAAAUGCCGAUGAAAGAAAUUGAAAAUCAGCUCGAUAACGAAAACCCAUCAUUUCGAAAAAGAAAGAAAAAAUUUUGCGUUUGUGUGUCUUGAGUGCUGCAAAUGCAAGAAGCGUAUGUGGAUGGAAACAAAAAACAGAAAGAAACGCAGGAAUGCGUGAAUUCAAAGUGAAUUUGACCGGAGACGACUACUGUAUGAAAAAUAAAAUAAAAUAAAUAUAAUAAAAAUAAAAAUAUACCGUACAAGAAGUAUAUAUAUAUAGCAUAAAUAUAUAUAUAUAUAUUUUUUCGUUUAUCACUGUGAUGAUUGCAUUAAAUACGAUAAAUAUUCUAGAAGAACAUAAGGGCCGUUUCAGUGUUGUUUUUUCUUGCCACUGUAUAGUUCAAGGGAGUCAUUGAUUCAUUAUAAAUUUAAACUAAGGUUUUAUUGGGGCUUGUAUCGAAAAAAUCGAAAAAAAUAAAAAAAAAAACAAAUAAAUAAAAAUAUAGAAACGAUACGAGAAAUGAAAUUUCGAAGAAGAAAAUAUUUAAAUAAAAAUCGUACGUGGGCUUUUCUCGCUUGACUACAUAAAAGAGGAGAACAAAUUUCUUUCGAUCUUAUGAUGUAAACUAAAGAACUAUGUAUUAUAAUACUAUAAUUAUGCAUAAGUGAAAUAAUGGAGGAAAAAGAAAACAUAAACAAAUGAAAAACCAAGUGUAUGUCACACUCACGAUUGUAUACCGAAGAUCAGAGAUGAACGUCUCUGGGGAUUUGAAAGAAGGACAAAAACUAAUUUUUUAUUAUUUUUAUGUUAAUUCAGUUAAAGUUUUAGCAAAAAAAUAUGGGGCCAUUCAACGCCAGCUCAGCGAUCUAUUAUUCGAUGCGGAAACUGUUUUUUCAUAGAUGUGAGAUAAUCGUUUAAACUGUAAUAUUAUGAAGCGCGAUGGGAAUGUAUAUUUAUUGUGAAACGUCAACACAGAAGUUCGAAUAAAAGAGCAAAUUAUAUAAACGUUUUCUAAAUUCAAUCCUUCUUUCGAAGUAAGGAGAAUCGUCUCAUCUCUGCACCUGUGUUUCGUUUUAUGAAUUUUCAACAAUGUGAUUAUGUUGUGUGUUCGAAGGAGAGAGAAAAAUUGUCAUCGCGAAAUGUUUUAUAAAUGGGGAAUGUAAAAAAACGAACCAAGUAAAAAAUGACUUUGAGUAGAUGA